GAACGGCUGGAGAUGCUCUGAGCAGGCAGCUCCCAGCCGUGCGCCGUCUCAACUCUCAAGCGCCGCUCGCCAGCGAAACCCGAUCCAAGGACAACAAUACCUACUCCCAACCUUCUGUGGCGAUGGCUUCAGCACUGGCGAGGAGGGCGGGAGGUUCCCCUGCGGCGGCGCUGUGGGCCGCGGCCAGGGGGUUCGCGUCGGUGGGCUCCGACAUCGUCUCCGCGGCGCCCGGCGUGUCGCUGCAGAAGGCGCGGUCCUGGGACGAGGGAGUCGCCACCAAGUUCUCCACCACCCCUCUCAAGGACAUCUUCCAUGGGAAGAAAGUCGUCAUCUUCGGGUUGCCGGGCGCAUACACAGGAGUAUGUUCGCAGUCACAUGUCCCUAGUUACAAGAACAACAUUGAUAAGUUGAAAGCAAAAGGGAUCGACUCUGUUAUCUGUGUAGCUGUAAAUGAUCCCUAUGUGCUGAAUGGAUGGGCAGAAAAAUUACAGGCAAAAGAUGCAAUUGAGUUUUAUGGCGACCUUGACGGGAGCUUCCACAAAAGCUUGGAUCUGGAAAUAGAUCUCUCUGCUGCUUUGCUUGGCCGCCGCUCCCACAGGUGGUCAGCCUUUGUCGACGAUGGGAAGAUCAAGGCUUUCAACGUUGAGAAAGCCCCUUCCGACUUCAAGGUUUCUGGUGCUGAGGUUAUCUUGGAUCAAAUCUGAGCUAAUCGGUGCUCUGUUUUGCUUUUGUGAAGCGAAUAAGUGACAGCUCGAGAAUCUGUGUGAAGAUGUUGCUGUCUGUCGUGCUAGUUCCAGAACAGUCAUUUUGCUGCUGCAAAUCUUUCUUUCUUUUGUUCCAGAACAGUCAUCGAAUUAGUCACCGGUUCGUGUAUGCGACAGUUUCUGUUAUUCACGUUUGAUGAA